ACUGAGGCCCAAAGGGGAAAGCCUUCCACACAGAUCUAAGCCAGCUGCCAUGGUUUAAACACUUCACUGCAAGGAGAGUGAAAGAGAAGGGGAAGCCGCAUGUAUCCCCCUACCAGUGUGCUCAGAAGACACUGAUAGAGCAACAGCAGGCUCUACAGACAGAGACGAGCAGCUACAAAUGGUAGAUUUUGGUAGAUUUUAAUAGGUAAGAGCAGGCAGGAGUCCUCCCGCCUCAAAUUUCUUAAGAUUCAAAGGGCACUUGCUGCCCUGCAAGGAGGGGUGUUCUUUCAAGUGACCUCUCGGGGUUAAGCAGAAUCAGUUAGUGUGAAGCUCUGUGGAGGAGGGGAGGAGGGAACAAGCAAGUUAGUGGGAGGUGGGAGGCCACAGUGGGGCUCCUGUACAGCUCAAGAAGGAGACGAAGCAGUCGCCGGGAAGCGGGGAAAGAGGAGGAGAUGGCCACUGGAGAAAUCACCACACUUCCCUCCACACCUGAAGAUGGUGGCAGCAGUGGUUUUCCUCCAGGGAACUUCAAGGAGCCCAAAAGACUGUACUGUAAAAACGGGGGCUUCUUCUUGAGGAUAAGGUCUGACGGGGGAGUGGAUGGAAUCCGGGAGAAAAACGACCCCCACAUAAAGCUUCAACUCCAGGCGACCUCAGUGGGGGAGGUGGUCAUCAAAGGAGUUUGUGCAAACCGUUAUCUGGCCAUGAACAGAGAUGGACGACUGUUUGGAGCGAGACGAGCGACAGAUGAAUGCCACUUCUUGGAGCGACUUGAGAGCAACAACUACAACACGUAUCGCUCCAGGAAGUACCCCAACAUGUAUGUGGCACUGAAGCGGACUGGUCAGUACAAGUCUGGAAGCAAAACUGGACCGGGUCAAAAGGCCAUUCUUUUUCUUCCAAUGUCCGCCAAAUGCUAAUCUGGGAUAUCGUUGAGAUGUAUUUGUGUCUUAACUUCAGCGACAAAGAAGAUGUGACGGCAAUGAAGACAAUGUGGUUCAUCAACAUUGCCCAAAACAGCUGUGAUGCUUCUGAGUAUUUAAUCCUCAACAUGUCUGCUCAUUACUCAGCUUUACUUUUACAGUUUUACAUUUUCAAACAGCUUUUUACUCUGGACUAUCCGGCUGCUGCAGUAUGUUAACUCUAUAAAAAGGUAAAAGGGUUCAGGUAAAAGCACUUCCUGCUAAAAACUAGUUUUAAAACUUGAAUGUGAGAGGAAAGGGAUAUAAUCUUUGAUCUUAUGAUACAAAAUUUAGCUUGAAAUAAUACGAUAAGCACACUAACCAUGCAAAAGUUUAAACCAAAGCAAAACAUAUUGUUUAAAAAAAACACAUCAUGUUGUCAAUAGGGAUGGGUCAGACUACUCGAGUACUCCUUGCUAAAAUCGUGAUGCAUGCUUACCAUGCAUUUAUUUAGCCCCUAUUUACAUGAACGCAAUAUCAGCCAAAAAUAGAAGCUUUUGUUGUGUUUGUGCUGUUUUAAAACAUGACAAAGCGCUUGGUUGCCUUAAAAUUUAAUGUUUUGAAAAUGGGUUCCAAUAUGAAAUUUCCAACUUUAAUAAAUGUCUUUAUUUUCUCGUAAA